UUCCUUUCUUUUGAUGAAGAUCCAUGUAUGUCUUUUUAAUUCUACCAAACAGAGGUCAUUCCGUCAUUAACCCCUGAAAUUAUGAGUCCUUCAUGAUUUCCAAUUUCACAACCUAGAACUUCUCCAACACAAACCUACACUUUUCACCAUACAACGUAGGAAAUCCAUGGCAUCAAAGAUUCCCCAGUUACAGUCAAAGAUGAACGAAGUCUCGCAAGUAGUGGCAAAAAAUGGAGCUUCCUACUACAAGUUAUUGAUGGAGCAGAACAAACACUACAUCCAACAUCCACCCACCGUUGAAAAAUGCCAAUCAUUGGCCAAACAGUUGUUUUAUACUCGCCUUGCCAGCAUUCCUCUUCGUUACAAUUCAUUCUGGAAGGAAUUGGAUCAUGCAAAGAACAUGGUGAAUAACUGGAAGGACCUAAACAGGGAGAAUGUCGGUUUUGCUGCUUUGUUCGGACUAGAAUGUUUUGCAUGGUUUUGGGGAGGUGAGAUCGUUGGCCGAGGAUUUACAUUCACUGGCUACCAUGUUUAAAUAGAACUACACUGUUAGAGCCAUUAGCUUCAUUCUUGAAAACAGCAUAGCAUAAGGCUUCGGUCCAGUUUUACACGUUAUGUUUUUUAUUCUGAUAAUUUGAUGUAUGAAAUUAACAAAUUCCGGUCAACAUGGCAAGCAUAAUAAUUUGUGAAAUCCGUGGUGGAGAUUUAUGUUUCUUCAAAGCUAAUUAAAUUAUGAACAAAUCUCUUUUACUUGUUGCUAUCUGUGUGCACAUUGAACAUUUGAAGAAGCUU